AGAUUCUUAAAAAGCCCAUCUUUACAAAAUCGAAAGAGCCAGCGAAAAACCCUAGACAACGAAACAUUUCACUCUUCUUCUCUUCCACCCUCUCCGAUUCUCAGGCGAAGAUUUUAUUCACAUUUUCCGGUGAUCUUCUCGUGUCCGUCCAAAUUUCAGUAGUUCCUUUGUGAAGACUUACUUGAUCGGAAAAAAAAAAUGAAGCCAGUAAUAGGCACAGUGGUAUCGAACAAGAUGCAGAAAUCGGUAGUCGUCGCCGUCGAUAGACUCUUCCACAACAAACUCUACAAUCGCUACGUCAAGCGCACUUCCAAAUUCAUGGCUCACGACGACAAAGACGCCUGCAACAUCGGCGAUCGAGUGAAGUUAGAUCCAUCAAGGCCAUUGAGCAAGAAUAAGCAUUGGGUUGUUGCUGAAAUCAUCAAAAAAGCUCGAAUCUAUUCUCCGGAGGCGGCUGCUGCUGCUGUUGCUUCUUCUUCUGCUUCCUCUGCCUCCAUUGCUGACUCUUCUGCUCAGUCUCAGAUUCCUCCAUCAUCUACUUCUUAAGCUAAUGAUGCCUCGAGAGCUUGAGUUCGAUUGAUAAUCUGGUCCAACCGCGAGCCGAUCGUCUCCUCCGUAACACGAUCUAACUCCGAAGCAUUCACUACCUCUGGAUCGUUCUGCAACACACGAGAUCUCAACUCCACCACCAUUUUUUCCGAGCACCGAAUGGCUCUAAUACUAGUGAUAACGGGAAACCGAUGAGGAAGAUUAAAAUGAACUUCUGAAUUUAUGAAGGGUAAAUGGAUACAACGUUCGCAAGUAACGCAACACCACUUCUCAUCUGCAAGAGUCUCAAAGAGAGAUCCAGCAAAACGAUGAGGAAGAGUCCAAAGACUUCUAGAAGAAGCUACAACAAAGAAUCAGAUUUUCAUAUAUAAAAGUGUGAGCCUAACAAUUGCUCUUUAUACUAAAGAAGAUAAACAGUGUCAACAACAGCUUCCGUCACCGUUAGUCCUUCUCCACCUCAUCACCACACACGUAUCUUCCAACUUGCACAAUCCACACGUGCGAGGCUUGAUCUUCUAGAAAGCUAUAUUAUAUUGUUGGUAAUGGACUAUCUACUCUCAAAGCUUUGUGCGUUUCUAAGCUCGAAGAAGGCCUACAUAUCUAGCUUGGUUUAAGAGUUAAGACCAUAAUAUUAUAGCUUAACUUCUCGAUAUUUCUCUAAACUACUUUCACUUAAGGGAUGCACUUGAUGUAACACGGAUUUUUGGGUUGAAUAUAAUUUUACAUAUAUUAAAA